GAAAUUUCUGAUAUGGGUCGUCAAUUGUUGUUCAGUGGCGAAGAUGAUGAGGUGAUUCUGAAUUGCAUAAAAGAAAUGGAACAAAACGGAAUCGUUCAUAAACGAUAUAAAAUUAUUGAAGAAAGGUUGUCACGUAAAUUUACUGCUAAGCAAAUUCGUCAUCACUAUACCAACGUUCUUGAUAGUAAAUUAUGUCACCUCGCGCUAAAGGAAGAAGAAAAGCAGUUUAUUAAAGAUUGGAUUCGGUGUAAUAAAACACCAGCUGGAAAAAUCGAAUGGAAACAAUUACGUUUGGAGAUGGAAGAGACAUUUAAGUCUUUAAAGUCCGAGAAUAAAAUUAAGAAUUAUUAUUACUCAAACCUAAAGCGUUUAUCUAGAAAAGUUGGACAAGGAAUUUCUGACACACCUUCUGAAGAUGAAUUUGAAGUUGAUGAAGUUACCAUGACAUGCCCCACUCCUGAAUGCGAAAUCGACAAUAAUGUGGCUGUAACAUGCGCUGCUGCUCCUCCAAAAGAUGAAUUUUAUUAUGAUAUUAUGCCAUCACUAAAUUCAUAUUCUUUAAAAAGUAUGGAAAGAUCAUAUAACCAUAAUAAUAAUGUCAUGCCAGCUACACCUACCCCUAUUUACCAUUCCUUUACGCUUCCAAGACCUCAUUAUACGGCUUCAGAAUAUCAAAGUAAAUCUGGUGCAAGGAGAUCUGUUGUUCAUCCCAAGAUUUUCUACUAG